UCCUUUUAUUUCAGACUAAUUCCUAACGACCAGUACUACUGUGGAAUUCUUUACUUCACCGGUAGUGAUGAGUUUAACAGGAGAAUGCGCCAACAUGCCCUCGACAACGGGUUUACUAUCAAUGAAUACUCCAUAAGGUAUGUUAGUAUCAUCAUCAUCAUUAUCAUUGUUUUCGCUAUUAUCAAUAUCGUCAAAAUAAUUAAGAUUAUCUGCGUCAACACUGUACCAUUAUUCAUAUUUUCCUCAUUAUAAUGAUUACAAGUUUAAUGUCAUUGCUCACAUGUCUUCGUUAUAAUCAAUUGUCUUUCCUCUCAUCUUUAUCUCCAAACCGUUAUAUACCGUCCUUCGAAAAACUUUACAUGUUAUAAUGCUUCGAGAACAUCAUCAUAUAGGGCUCGAAGUUGGCCAUCGCAUUAACUUACCAAUUGUGAGAAGUAUUCGGAUGGCGAGUCAAAAGUACACCCUUUAGAAGGUUUUUUUCAGUAAAAUCAGAAACCCAUAAGGGGUUGUUCAACCCCUUAUGAGUUUCUGGUAAAAUCUCUUGCAAAGAGCCUGUGUGAUCAUCAUCAUCAUCAUCAUCAUUAUCAGCUGCAGCAGCAGCAGUAGCUUGAUCACUUAGAAAUCCACAAUAUCGAUUAAUCCUCACGUUCCACAGCUCCAUCACCGUCAACAAUGUAAUAUCCGUAUCUUCACAUCCUUAGUGUCCUGCGGGAUCCCUUUCCUUGGGCCUUAUUGAAAUACUAAUUCUGUCUUUUCUUCCUUUUGUUGGAUUUCUCAGACCAUUGGGGAGUACAGGUUAGUCAUGUUAUUUGAAUCUUUACUUAACCAGAGCGUCCAUACUUGUUACAGAACUGUCAACAUUUUGCUUUCGUUAUCAUAGUCUGGGACCAGGCUCCUUGCCGGGAUAAAACGACGAAUAACGGGGCGAGCCUGCCGUUAUUCGCCAUGUAGUCUGUCCGAGGGUUAAAUUUUUCAUCCGUUCUUUUUAGGUGUUCCAGGGGAACCCAUACCUGUAUCAAGCGAAGAAGAGAUAUUUGAAAUCAUUGGCAUGGAAUACAAGCAACCUCACGAGAGAAAUCUUUAA